GCCACAAUCAAGGGAACAAGAUCGUUAGAAUGCCAUCAGUGUAAUGCCACCUUGUUAGCAUUCAAUUGUCUGAGAAAUUCCAGUAUUGAGAGCUGCUCACAAGGUAGCGAGUCAGUUUGCAUGAGUAUUGAUGCCUCGCUGACAGAUUUAAAGGGAAAAAAGUCAAAUUUGUUCUUAAGGUAUGAUGCACUAGAACCAGCUACUCGCAACUUAAUUUGCUACCUUUUCCCUUCAAGUAGCAAUUUAGACCUUACUGCUGUAGAAGAAGAACCUCCAGGAUUCUCAUCUCCCAACCACAAGUGAUCAGUGAGGGAGUGGAGUGGUUACCUAAUACUGAGCGCGCUAAAACUCAAGAUUAAACAUCCGGGUUCGAUCUUAUCUGCGAAACUGGCGGUGUUUUGGGCACUUAAUGAAAACAAAGAGGAAGGAACCACGAAACCCCGUAAAUUUGCCACUUAUUUUGGUACCCUUGCCGCUCUAAAAACUAAAAUCAUUACUUGGACAGAGUAGAAAGAAACAGUUCGUGAGCAGGACGCUUUACCCUAACACUGUCUCUCUUCACCACUGGGUAAUCGAAAACAUUUUGGGGAAUCCUGAUCAUAUGUUACAACCGGAUGGCCUACCAUUGAUUGGCAUUUCUUCCGGAGGCCAGCAUGGCAAUAUUUUUAGUCGCUUCAUUCUUCAGAAACUGGGAUAAGCUCAUGUACAUAACAUUGUCAAAACCCUUCAUCUCCAAACAUAAUGCAGCGUAAUUGUUUUCCAUCUUUAGGCAAUGUUCGUCGAAAAGAGAAUGCUACUCGCUCCAGCCCUGCAGAGAUAUCAAAAUUCACCUGUGGAGAGAGAAGCCCGGGCUACUUGUAGAGCCCAGCUGCCGCCCGGAAUGCUGUGCCACUGAUCGUUGCAACCAUCGUGUAGGAACACUAGAUUUGAAUAAAUCAAGCACCCGUAAAAUUAUAACGACAUCAUCUGGACAGAAAACUUUAAAAAAGUGCUUCGAAUUCGAGCCAAAA